UUGGCGAGCUCAAACUUGGCGCGACAAGGUAGUUUGAGUAACUCAAGCUCGAGCUUGACCAGAAAUCAAAUGAUUUUUAUCCUCGUGGAGCCCAAAUAACUUGACUCAGUUUCAAUUCCGCGCCCUACGAUAAUGUUGCUUACAGUACACGCCCGCUUCCUUUUCAACUCGUUCAACACUUAUGUCAGGUGCGUGCAGAUUUUGAGUCUAAAUUUCGCCUCUCAUCUCCUAAUCCAAAGCGCAGACCACGACAAGCACAACAAAAUUGAGCAUCCCAAGAGUCUGACAUCCUCUCACCUUCCCAAUCAAUGGCUAGAUCAUCCGGAUCGUGUCGCGAACUAACGUAUUUUUAUAUGUUUCAGCAAGUCCAAAGUACAGCUGUAGGGGACAAUUUCAUUGGUUUUAAACUUUUUACUUAUAUUGUAUUCCUCACUUAUAGGGAUAUGUUAACUAGAAUCUGACAUCUUUAGUCACGUAUAACAAUACUAAAAUGAAUAAUAAUAAUGGACAUCCAAUUCACGCGUAUGGGAAGUUCCGACUCCCAGUUGACUUUGCUACUUAUAUAGGUCAGGUUCACCGGUGACAAGCUCGUCGGAGAACUCCUUGUACCGAUCGAAAUCAUGACUGAACCUAAUAAUUCAGUUUUAGUACUGAUCUGCAUCCUCUUUGUGUCCACUACUUUAUUUGUUUCCUUUUACCAUAAAAGGUCCAGGUCACACCGGCUUCCUCCGGGACCCUCCAGAUGGCCGAUAUUCGGCAACCUGUUCAAUCUUGGGAAGAUGCCUCAUCGAACACUAGCUGGCCUCCGUGAAAAGUAUGGCCCGGUGAUUUGGCUUAGGCUAGGCUCGAUAGACACCAUGGUGAUUCUCUCAAGCAGAGUUGCAGCCGAGUUCUUCAAGAACCAUGACCUCAAUUUUGUGGAGCGAACCAUCACCGAUCUCAUGCAAUCUCAGGAGUACUGCAAAGGAUCCAUUGCCCUAGCCCCAUACAGCACAUAUUGGCGGGUGUCAAGGCGGCUGCUGACGGCGGACAUGCUCGUUGCCAGGCGGCUCAAUGAAACAGCUCCAAUCCAGAGAAAGUGUGUCGACGACAUGUUGACAUGGAUCGGGGAGGCGGCAUCCACAGAUAAGGUCCGACUCGGAGAAGGUGUUCACCUGGCACGCUUCGUGUUCCUCAUGGCUUUCAAUUUGCUGGGGAAUCUCAUGCUGUUCCGAGACUUGCUUGAUCCGGACUCAAAGGUUGGAUCUGAGUUCUUCGAGGCAAUGAGCGGAUUGAUGGAGUGGUCAGCCAAUGUGACCAUUGCGGACCUAUUCCCGUGGCUGCGGUGGUUGGGCCCGCAAGGGCUGAGGAGAAAGAUGGAUCGGGAUAUGGGGAAGGCCAUGAGGAUCGCUUCGGAUUUCGUGAGGGAGAGGAUUGAGGAGAAGAAAAUUGGGGGAAACGCUGAUCGGAGGGAUUUUCUUGAUGUGUUGCUUGAGUUCGAAGGAAACGGUAAGGACGAGCCGGCCAAGCUUUCUGAGAAGCAAAUCAAAACAUUCAUACUGGAAAUUUUCUUGGCUGGUGCAGAAACAUCGAGCAGCACUGUCGAAUGGGCGCUGACAGAACUCCUACGGGACCCGAACUCCAUGGCCAAGGUCCAAGCAGAGCUGUCCCGGGUUGUUGGGUCCAACCGAAAGGUCCAGGAAACCGAUAUAGACCAGCUCUCCUACCUGCAAGCAGUUGUGAAGGAGACCCUCAGGCUCCACCCGCCACUCCCAUUCCUCGUACCACGGAAGGCCAUGGCCAACACCAUUUUCAUGGACUAUGACAUACCCAAAAACACACAGGUCUUUGUGAACAGUUGGGCGAUCGGUAGAGACCCAGAUGUCUGGGAAGACCCUAUGGCUUUUAAGCCUGAGAGGUUCAUUGGAUCGAAGUUGGAUUAUAAGGGUCAACACUAUGAGUUCAUUCCGUUUGGAGCAGGUCGAAGGAUGUGUGCCGGCAUGCCCUUGGCACAUCGCGUGCUUCAUCUGGCUUUGAGCUCGCUGCUUCAUGAGUUCAAUUGGGAGUUCGAUGGCCGCAUUGAUGCAAAGACGAUUGACAUGAGAGACAGGGUGGGGAUGACCAUGAGAAAGUAUGUCCCCUUACUGGUGGUGCCCAAAAGAAGAGCAAUGUGAGACUGGGUUCAGCUCGGAAUUUGUGCUUGUUUGACAUAUUGGUCUGAGCCUUUCUUUGCUUGCUCAAAUGCGUAUCCUCCAUGGUUUUUACUUUCUAGUUAUUUCCUAGGCUAGAAAAUGAGUAAAUGACAAGAUGUAAUAUGAUGUAUCUAAAACCAGCGAGAUUGGUCAUGUAAGGUUGCUCUUUUGUUUUGACAUUUUCAUUGGGUAAGAUGUUAAUCUUUCGUGAAUAGAAUCAAAUUUCAGAUCA